CGACGUCACGCAAUCAAUAGUCAGGGCAGUGCUACGUCGCCAGCAGACAUCAACAAACCGCUACAAAAUGUUGCCGAUAUUAUUAUUCCUCCUCGCUUUACGUGGAUUAAAUUGUGAACCUGAAACGGUCAGGGAAAACUUCGACUACUUUAGUUACGGGCCAGAAGAUGAUCUUUUGAAGAGUUUAAGUUUACAUUUGCCUAAGGAGGAGAUAGUGCUAAGACCCCAAGAAGUGAAAGACUGGCCGCAACAGUCUGUGAACGUGGGUCAGAUUACGGCUGUUUCUAUCAACUCUUUAGGACAGCCGGUCAUUUUCCAUAGAGCUGAAAGAAUAUGGGACGAAAGCACAUUCAACGAGUCAAAUGUAUAUCAGAACCUGGAGAAAGGACCGAUAGUAGAAGACACUAUACUAGUUCUGGACCCACAUACCGGCUCCGUACUACACAGCUGGGGCGCCAAUGCGUUUUACAUGCCGCACGGGCUUACCGUUGACCACCACGACAACGUUUGGGUCACGGAUGUGGCUAAACAUCAAGUUUUUAAGUACACCCCGCUGAACCACAAAUAUCCCACCCUGACGAUCGGCGAAGCCUUCACAGCGGGCUACCCCUACCGCCGCCGAGUGCUCCUUUGCAUGCCCACAUCAGUCGCCGUCGCCACCACGGGCGAAAUCUUUGUCGCCGACGGCUAUUGCAACAACCAGAUCCACAAAUUCAACGCAGCAGGAAAGCUUCUACUCGAAAUUCCUAUGUAUUCCGACUCGCUUACCUUAAAUCUUCCGCACAGUGUUACUCUGCUGGAGCAUCUUGAUAUGGUCUGUGUCGCUGAUAGAGAGAAUAUGAGGAUCGUCUGCCCGAAAGCUGGAUUGAAGAGCUACAUCAAAAUGUUGGACCCAGCUACGAUUAUUGAGGAUCCGACUUUGGGCAGAGUUUUCGCUGUCGCGUCGCAUGGAGAUACGAUUUACGCCGUGAAUGGACCGACGUCACAGAAUAUCGCUGUGCGAGGAUUUACCGUGAAUGCUAUGACUGGGAAUAUUUUGGAUACUUGGGAACCUACUGCGGGUUUCACCAACCCCCACUCUCUUGCCGUGACCAGAAACGGAUCCCACCUCUACGUCACUGAAAUCGGACCCAACAAAAUAUGGAAAUUCGAGUUGACCGACGUAUACGACAAGUAGGAAAAUUACGUUGAAAUUUACAUAGUGCUGUGCAACAUACUUCGUCCUAUUUGCUGGCAUAGUCGUGCUACCGCAGCCA